AUGUCUGACGACGACUCACUUUCCUUUGGGGAGGAUUUCGAUGAGCUUCUAGAAUUAGCAAACAAACCACCAAAGUCUACCCAAGUAGCAACCGCAUCACAAACACAGAUACCUAUCAGUACUGCAGGCACAAUUACCAGUAAUCAGAGUGAGAGCAGAACGAAUCAGAAUGGGGAGAAUAUUCUAGAACACCAAUUAAAUGAGGCCAAGGGAGAAGCUAGCGUACUUAGAGAUAAGAUCUCACGCCUGAAUAAUGAAAGAGAACAGGAGAGAAAAUUGUUACAUGACCAAAUGAAAAAGUUGAGUGAAAGUCGUACCAUGGAGGAAGAUAAUUUGAAACAAACGAUACAGAGAUUACAAGAUGAAAAACGAUUUCUUACAAUGGGUGCCAAGACAGCCGCAGCCGCAGCCGCAACUGCAUCAUCAUCAACUGCUGUAUCACUAUCAGUAUCGUCCUCAUCUCCAGUUACACCCACAUCAAUAACGUCUACACGUAUACGAAAUACAAGUGCAAGUUUAAACAAUCGACAUAGAGCACAGCCAGGAAAUAGCGUAACUAGUUCACCUAUAGUUAAGAGAAGAAAAAUUGGUGAUACUUUACUACCGCCUAAAAAGAAUAACACUAACAAUACAGUGGUUCCUUUGAAUCUUAACAAAAUAACUACCGAUGAAGUAAGUCUAUUGUUCGACGCAAUCAUAUCACAUAGAUCAGUUGGUACUGAUUUGACAACAAUAGAAAUUUUAAAUAAAUUAAAAUUGGAAAACAUAAAGAGUUCUGAACUGAAGGAGGAUUUUAAACUUUGGAAUAAUGAGUCUAUUGGUAAAUCUUUAUUUAUUCUGUUAUCUGAUACCAAGAGAAGUUUAUCGUUAGAUAAAUGUAUAGGAAUCCUCCAGGAGAAGAUAGCUUUUUUGAUUAAGAGUAUAUGUUUCAAUGAGGCAGAAUCUAACAUUGCUGUACCGUUCUUGUUGGAAAUUAUGUAUCAGAUCAUAACAUUUAGACCAAGUGCUGUAAGACAGUAUGUAUUGAAAAAUACAUUUAUGUUCUUAUGUGAUUUAAUACGAGUUGAAGAACAUACUUUAAUGGAAUCCAAAUUACCACAGGAUAACGAAAACGAACAAUUACAACCACAAAUAUUUCAAUUUGAGUUGAUCAAUAACUUGGUCAUAUUUAACUCUUUCGACUUACUAGAAAUGUCACUUAGAAUAUUACAAUCGCAUCAAAUCUCAAAGGAAGAUUUUAAGUCAUUUUUUGACUCUACUUUAAUGGGUUUAUUAAAAUCUAUCUACAAAUUGGCAUUACCAAUCUCAUAUAAAAUAAAUUUUAGAGUGGCCAUUAAUAUAGUGGAGACAUUGAAGACAAUAGCCAAUAUUCAAGAGGGUCUAUUACCAAUUAGCGAUACAGGCAUGGGAAAUAAAGAUAAAAAAUCACAAUCUCUUUUGGAAUCCUCAUGGUGGAAUGAAUGUAUUUUCAGGAUAUAUUCAAUUUUAGAAAAAGAAAUUAAAAAUAUAGAUAUCGAUGACUCUACAGAUAUUAAAUAUACAUUAAAUUUUAGUCGAUAUCAUGACAGCUUUGGAUUGAUAAGGAAUAUUGGAAAUGAUACUAUUGGGAAAAUUAUUCCGAAAUUAAUAGAUCCAAACAUUAUACAGGGAACACCCUCAGUAAUAUCGAAAGAUGAUUUACAGUUAUUAAGUCACGAUGAUGCUAUUGAUUUUCAAUUUGAAUACUGGAACUUCCUAUUGAAAAAUGAGAUACUAGAUUUGUUUGAUUCGUUAUUAGCCAUAUAUCCUAAUGAUUUACAGAUAGCAAAUAGUGAUAUGUUGUCAGUUUUAACUAAAUUGCUCUCUAGAGAACAAGAGAUUUUGUUGGCAAGAAACAUUGGGCAAGAUUCGUCAAACGUCAUACAUAGACAAGAAAUUAUUGAACAUCUAGUUUCAUCAAUCUUCAGAGUUUGGACUCAGAACCGUCGUAAUAUAGAGACCGAAAGAGUCAAAGAAUUUGAGAACGAGUUAUUCAUGGCGUUGUGGAGAGUCGUUGCAACAAGUAACGGUACUGUCGUAAAUCCGAAACGUAGCAAUAUAGAACUUAAUGAUCAAGCUAUCCUUGUAGAUUCAUUAUAUCGAAUGACGAUUGAUGACGAUAUGAACUAUUAUGAGGAUGCGUUCGAAGAUAUUCCUAAUUAUGUGAAGGAUGAACUUGAGGCUGGACUUCAAGAACGGACUUCCAAAAUUAUGCAAAUCAAAUACAACGAUACCUCUUUAGCCAUGGCACGUCAUAUCCUUGAAGCUGAAGUCGGUAGCUCUGUAUCUAUGGAAAAUGUAGAUUCUUUAUAUAAGGCUAUGGGUUUAUAG